AUGGCCGACCACCACGAUGAUCUCGUUGAUUACGAUGAGUAUGAUGAUGUUGUUGAGUCUAUCAACGCUGUCCCUGCCACUAAUGAACCUGAGGCUACCGAGGAGGCUAAGGACAAGAAAGGCUCUUAUGUUGGUGUGCAUUCGACUGGUUUCCGUGACUUCCUCUUGAAGCCAGAGUUGUUGCGCGCUAUCGUUGACUGCGGUUUCGAGCAUCCAUCUGAGGUCCAGCAGGAGUGUAUUCCUCAAUCCAUUCUUGGUAUGGAUAUUCUUUGCCAGGCCAAGUCUGGUAUGGGUAAGACAGCUGUUUUCGUCCUCGCUACUCUUCAGCAGGUCGAGGCCGUUCCUGGUGAGGUUGCUGUCGUUGUCCUCUGCCACACUCGUGAAUUGGCCUUCCAGAUCAAGAACGAGUACGCUCGUUUCAGCAAGUACCUUCCUGAGGUUCGCUCCGAAGUCUUUUAUGGAGGCACGCCCUUGAAGCGUGAUCAGGACAUUCUCAAGAACAAGGAGCUUUGCCCUCACAUUUUGGUCGGAACUCCCGGUCGUAUCCUUGCCCUGAUCAAAGAUAAGACCCUUAACCUCAAGAACGUUAAGCACUUUGUCCUUGACGAGUGCGACAAGAUGCUUGAUCAAAUUGAUAUGCGCCGUGAUGUCCAGGAGAUUUUCAGGGCCACUCCUCAUCACAAGCAAGUCAUGAUGUUCUCUGCCACUCUCAGCAAGGAUACUCGUGUGACCUGCAAGAAGUUCAUGCAGAACCCUCUUGAAAUCUAUGUUGAUGACGAGACUAAACUCACGUUGCAUGGUCUGCAGCAGUACUUUGUCGGCAUUACUGAGGCCCAAAAGAACCGCAAGCUCAAUGAUCUUUUGGACUCGCUCGAAUUCAAUCAAGUCUGCAUCUUUGUAAAGUCGGUGGCCCGUGCUGAUCAACUAAACAAGUUGCUCACAGACUGCAAUUUCCCCAGUAUCUGUAUUCACGGAUCGAUGCCUCAGGAGGAGCGCAUUGCCCGCUACAAGGCCUUUAAGGAAUUUAACAGACGUAUUUUGGUUGCAACCGAUGUGUUCGCCCGUGGUUUGGAUGUUUCGCGUGUGAACGUUGUGAUCAACUAUGAUGUUCCAGAUGCUGCUGACACCUACCUUCAUCGUGUUGGUCGUGCUGGUCGUUUCGGUACCAAGGGUCUCGCUGUGACCUUUGUUGCCGAUGAUAAGGAUGCUGAGAUCUUGAAGCAGAUCCAGUCUCGAUUUGAGGUCCAGAUCCCUGAGCUUCCUGAUGAGAUUGAUGUUUCGACUUACAUGACCGCUUAA